CGUUUCCGCGACUAGUCGACCCGUUAAAAACGUGAGUGUGUGUGGGGUGGGGGGAUCGUCUCCGUUGGUCGAUUGCGCGAGAAUUUCCGGCCGUGAACGAUCGCGAUAUCGGUCGGGGAAGCGAGAAAGAAGCAAGAACCCAGGUGGGGGGGGACAGACUCGGCCGCGACCUAACCGUUUCCACAGUUAGGGUACAGUUGACGAUACGCAAUGGACGCGUCAACAUCCACCAAGGCGAGGAUCGAGCUGCUGAGGGGGCUACUCGACGUUCUCGAGCAGGAGAACGUGUUCGAUUGCACGGGCACCGAGCCUAUCCUGCGUUUCGUUCAUCCGAAACAGCUCGAGGAACAACUGCCGAUCGAACUGACCGAGGAACCAGCCAGCAAAGAGGAGAUCGACACGGCGAUACGGCAAACGAUUCGGUACUCCGUGAAAACGUUUAGCCCGCACUUUCACAAUCAACUGUACGCCGGCGUCGACGAAUACGGCCUGGUUGGAUCCUGGUUGACCGAUGUACUUAACACGAGCCAGUACACGUACGAGGUGGCUCCGGUGUUUACUCUGAUGGAGCGGCAGAUGAUGGAGAAAUGUUUGGAGUUGGUCGGAUACCCCCCGAUGCCAGAGGGAGACGGUAUUCUCUGUCCCGGUGGUAGCGUCUCGAAUAUGUACGGCAUGGUAAUGGCGAGAUACAAGGCGGUACCCGAGGUGAAGACGAAGGGACUCGCGGGGCUUCCGCCGUUGGCCUGCUUCACCAGCGAGGCGGGCCACUAUUCGAUCUCGAAGGGUGCUCACUGGCUGGGCCUGGGAACCGAUCAAGUGUACAAGGUGAAGUGCGACGAGCUGGGCCGUAUGAGACCGGACGAGCUGAAGGCAGGCGUAGCGGAAGCGAGGCGAAGGGGACAGUUACCGUUCUUCGUGAACGCAACCUGCGGCACCACGGUCCUCGGAUCGUUCGACCCGCUGCCGGAAAUCGCGGCCGUCUGCCGCGAGGAGAAUCUAUGGUUACACGUUGACGCCUGCCUCGGCGGCACGUUGCUGCUCUCGGAAAGGUACCGCGACCGAUUGAGGGGAAUCGAACUCUCGAAUUCCGUCGCGUGGAAUCCGCACAAGAUGCUCGGCGUUCCGUUACAAUGCUCGUUGUUCCUGGUCAAAGGUAAGAAGGCUCUGCACGAGGUGAAUUGCGCAGGAGCGCGGUACCUGUUUCAACAGGACAAGCACUACGACGUGUCCUGGGACACGGGCGAUAAAAGCAUGCAAUGUGGGAGAAAGGUGGACGGUUACAAGUUUUGGCUGAUGUGGAAGGCACGGGGAACCAAAGGACUCUGCGAGUCCGUCGAGCGUGCAAUGCACGCGGCGGAAUACUUUUUCGGUCGGAUUGAACAUCGCGAAGGAUAUCGGCUGGUUCUUCCCCGAUACGAAGGCUGCAACGUUUGCUUCUGGUACGUGCCGCCUAGCAUGCGGGGUGAAACGGAGACUCAGGAUUGGUGGAACAAGCUGUACGAGAUUACGGCGAAAGUGAAGGAACGUAUGAUGCUCGAGGGUUCGCUGAUGGUCGGUUACUCGCCGCUCUCCCACGCGAACCUGGGUAACUUUUUCCGCAUGGUGGUGACCUGUCAACCUCCACCCACCGAGGCCUCGAUGGAUUACGUGCUCGAGAAGAUCGAACAGCUGGCGGCCGAUUUGUAAACGGAUGAAUGUAUCGCCGCGAUACACUUUGAAUAUUAAUUCACCUAUUAAAAGAGAGGGAGAGAGAGAGAGAGAAAAAGAGAGCGAUCCUUGCGGGCGUUUAUCGUUGCCUUUAUUGUAGUCGCGCGAUACGUUGCCACGCUCGGAAGAAGGAU